ACACGUGGUUGAGAUGCCCUUCUAGUCACACUGUUCAGGUUAAACAUGGCUGCGCUCUUGAGAUCGGCCCGGCUACUCAAGUCAUCACCGGUUUCUCUGCUCCAGAUCGCCGGGGCAAACAUACAUGGGUCUGCGCUUAGCCGGCUAUAUAGCGGAGCUGUCGUUGGCCGAGGAGUCGGAUUCCGUCCAACACAAGCGUCGUUUUCGCUCGGCGUCAACAGGUUCACAUGGCCCUUGGCUGCGGUGCGUCAUUUUGGGGUCGCCCCAAAGCAGGAGGGGGUGUCCAAAGAUGAGGGUGGCUCUUUGGUUCGGAACAAGCAGGCCCAGCAGUUUGACUGGGCUCUUAUGCGGCUGGACAACUCUGUGAGACGGACAGGACGCAUCACCAAGACCCUCUUGAUGAGCAUCUUCCACGAUAGCUGUCGCACAGGGUACCCCAGUGGGAACCAAGCCCUGCUGCUCCUGCGCAGCUGUGGGUCCCUGCUUGCUGAGCUUCCCCUGUCGGAGCGCACGGAUAUAGCGCACCGGAUCUGGGACAAGCUGCAGGAGCUGGGCGUGUCUUACGAUGUCAGCCACUACAACGCCUUGCUGAAGGUGUACCUGCAGAAUGAGUUCAAAUUCUCUCCGACUGAUUUCCUGGCCAAGAUGGAGGCUGCCAACAUACUCCCCAACAGGGUGACGUAUCAGAGACUGAUUGCUGCAUUCUGCCAGGAAGGAGACAUCGAAGGUGCCAGCAAGAUCCUGGGAUUCAUGAAGAGCAAGGACCUGCCGAUCACGGAGGCCGUCUUCAACUCCCUGAUCGCCGGCCACGCCCGUGCGGGGGACAUGCAGAGCGCCCAGAACGUCCUGUCCGUGAUGAGAGGGGCCGGGAUCGAGCCGGGGCCCGACAGCUACAUGGCCCUGCUCAGCGCCUACGCCGAGAAGGGGGACAUGGACCAGAUCAGAGAGCUCCUGGAGGCCAUGGAGAAGGGUGAUGUCAGCCUGAUGGACAGGGACUUCAUGCAGCUGGUGUUCACCCUGGCCAAGGCGGGGCACUCCCAGCACGUCCCUGAGAUCCUGGGGCACAUGAGGCAUGAGCGUGGAUAUGUGCCAGACGCCAUGAACCUGUGCUUGAGGCUGAUCACCCAGGGACUGGAGGACACAGCCUUCACCUUCCUGAAGACCUUCCCCACCAUGCCGGUGGAGAACAGGGAGAGGGAGUCCCCCGGCCUGGGGAACUUCUUCCUGCGCCACUGCAUCGACACAGACAAGCCUAUUGAAAAGAUUCGACAGUACUGCAGAGAGCUCCAAGACGCCAAACUGCACUGCUGGGCCUUGCAGUUCACACUGCAGUGCGCUCUGGAGGCCAAGAAAGCAGGUAUGGCGAUGGAACUGAUGAAGGUGAUGAAGGAGGAAGGUCUUCCCAUCAGGCCACAUUACUUCUGGCCCCUGCUCUCUCAGUACCAAAAGGACAAGGACACGCAAGGAGCUGUGGAGGUCCUGAAGAACAUGCAGGACUUGGAAGUGCUGGCUGAUUUAGACACCUACUACACCUACUUCCUGCCCUGCUUCAGCAGCCUGGACAGCGCCAGCUCCGCCCUCAAGGAAGCUGGCUGCGCUGUGGACACAGAGAGCUUCAUCGCAGCGCAGCUGCGUGCUGAGGCUGUGAAAGGGAACCUGGCGGAGGUGCACGCUCUGUUGUCCUCUCCUUCUGUUCCGCCCAUUGAUUUGAUUGCCUUCCGAGGGAGCCUGAUUCUGGCAUUCAAAGCGUCCAAAGACGUGGACAGCAUGGCCAAGAUUACAGAGCUGCUGUUCCGAGACCCGCGGUACUGCCGGGAGUCCAGCAACCCAGCCGAGAAUGUGUCCUUCUUCCUCUAUAACCUCGUUGAGGCGCUGAGUGUGUCAGAGAUUCAGGCCCAGGAGGAGAAGCUGAGGCAGUACUUCCACCAGCUGAAGAGCAUGGGCAUCACCAUCCCAGUCCGCUUCUACAGAGGAAUCCGCAGCCAGCUCACAUCCUCCCACGUGCCAGAGCUGAUUAAGGACGUGAUCGCCCUGGUCGAUAACAAAGAAGUGCUCGGCUCAGACAUGCCAAGAAUCGUGGGUGAGAGGGUGCCGUUUUUGGAGAAGAAGCUGCAGGAAGUGAAGGCGGCGGGCGAGCCUGUGGGCCCCGUCCUGAAGCAGCUGAUCGUUUCCCUCUGCGCCGAGGAGAACCUGAGCCGAGCCCUGGAGCUGAAGAUGGAGCACGAGGCCGACAUGGCCGUCGAGGGCUACGCCGUGCUCAUCAACCUGUGCUGUCGCCACGACAACGUGGAGGAGGCGCUCAACCUGAAGAGAGAGCUGAGCCGGAAGGACUCGUCCGUGGCCCUGGAUACCAGCAAGUACCAGGCGCUGGUCAAGGUUCUGUCCAAGCACGGCAAGCUGGAGGAGGCCAUCGACAUUCUGAAGGAGAUGAAGGAGAAGGAGGUGAAGCUGAACGACGGUAACAUGGUGAUGUUCUUCCACCUGCUGAACGGGGCGGCCCUGCGGGGGGACCAGGUGGCCGUGCAGCGCCUCCAGGAGGCCAUCUUCUCCCUGGGCCUGGCCAAGCCCUCCACCAGCCUGUGCUCCCCCCUCGUCACCAUUCACCUGGAGAAAGGUGACCACGUGGGGGCGCUGGACGCAGUGCUGGCCUGUGUGAAGCAGUACGGCCUGUUGCCACGGCUGCACGAUGUGCUCUGUGGGCUGGUGGAGAAGGGAGAGACCGAGCUGCUGCAGAAAGCGAUGGACGUGGUGAGCACGGAGUGGGGUGAGAGGACGAUGCUGUAUGACCUCUUCUUCGCCUUCCUGCAGACGGGGAAGUACAGGGAGGCCCGCAAAAUCAUCGAGACCCCCGGCCUGAGUGCCCGGCCCGGACGCCUGCAGUGGUUUGCAGAGAAGUGCAUUUUAAACAACCAGAUGGAGGCUCUGGAGAACCUUGUGGAAAUGACGGAGAAGCUGUUUGAGUGUGACAGAGACGACAUGUACCACUACGUUCUCCGCAUGUGCAGCGAGAACAACGACUGGCGCAAGGCCGAGGCCACCUGGACCAAGAUGCAGGAGGAGAACGUGAUCCCCCGCGAGAGGACCCUGCUCCUGCUGGCCAGCAUCCUCAGGAACAACGGCCAGGAGGUGCCCUUCGAGGUGCCUGAGGUGUGGUACGAGGAGGCUGCUGCAGCCCUUCAGAAACCCUCCCAGGAGCCCAAGGUCAGGACUCCAGCCAGUCCUGCGGUCUCCGUGGAAACGGCCUCUGAAUACCAGCAGCGUCUCUUGACCCUCUGCAAGAAGAGCAAACCCAAAGAGGCCUACACGGUGCUGAAGGAGGCUGAGAAGAAGAACUUUGCCUUGGGCUCCGCCUCCUACGACAGCCUGAUCAAAGCCUUGCUCGCAGAGGGCAACCUGAAGGACGCCAUGAUAGUCCGAGACAUCGCGGUCUCCAGGAUCAGCAGUUUCCACUUGAGUGAAUUGGCCCACAGCCUGAUGAUCAUCACGCAGGUGAAGAGCGGUCAGGUCAAAGAUGCCCAGGCCACCCUCAUGGAGACUCUGCAGGCAGGCCAGGUGCCCACCCAGCUGUCAAUGACCCGGCUGGUGCAGGGCCUGGGUGCCGCCGGCGACGCGGAGGGCAUACAGGAAGUGGAGAGUGCGAUAAAGGCCAUGUGCUCCUCCCUCAACCUGUCCAGAAUGCUGUUUGUCAACAACUUGGCCUUGGCACACAUCAAGAGGGGGAACAUCGAGGCUGCUGUGGAGGGUUUGGAAUCCCUCUACACCUCAGGCGGGGAGCCCAACGAGGAGAGUCCCCAGAUCACCAGCAUCUCUUACGUCUUCCGCCGGCUGUUAACGGAGAACAACCAGGACGCGCUCGACAGGCUGAGCGCGAUGGCGGAGAGACUGGCCAAUCACUUCUCCUGCUACAGGCCGGCCUCCGACCUCUUCCUGGAGUACGUGGAUUCUGGGCGGGCGGACGAGGCCAAGUUCCUGCUGCAGCGCUGCGCUGGCAUUGCCGAACAGAAGAGGAUCAUGGUCUCCUACAUCACCAGGCUGGCAAAGAGGCCGGGACAGGCCAACAAGAUCAAGAGCCUGCAGGAGCUCAUCCCUGACUUCACGGAGAAGGACGUGUAUUACCCCUACCUGAUUAAGUGCUACGGCCUGGAUAACGACCUGCCUUCUGCGAAGGCGGUGUUCCAGAAGAUGCAGGAGGAGGGGGUGAGUGCGGACGAGCUCACGCUCAAGAGGCUCGCGCAGAUGUACAAGAAAGCCGACGAGGCCGUCCCAUUCCCAGAACCCCCCGAGUCCUUCAGCUUUUACGCCCAGAAACUGAAACAGAAAUCGAAAGAGCAGAGCCCAGCAGAAGAGGCCUAAAGAAUCCGCUCCUGUUUUCAUCUGUCCUUAAUUAGUGCUGUUAUUUUUCUCCGUGUUUUUUUCAGUCGUUUGAUUGAUCCAUGUGGAAUACUGUGAUGUCCAGUGUUGAACUCGCUGAGCCCUGCUUGCGUUCUGGUGAUGUACAGAAGUAUUUAUGCUUAUCAAUAAAAACAUGGGAAACGGAACGGAUGAUGUGAGCCCAAAGAUGGCAGUAUAGAAGCAGGGAGUGUGUGUGCGCGUGCGCCCGUGUGCGUGCCUAUGUGUGUGUGUUUGUGUACGUGCGUGUGUGUUUGUGUACGUGCGUGUGUAUGUGUGUGUGUGUGUACGUGCGUAUGUGCGUGCGUGCGUGCGUGUGUGUGUGUGCGCAUGUGUGUGUGUGCGUGCGUGUGUGUGUAUGUGUAUGUGCGCAUGCGUGUGUGUGCUCACUCAGGCGUUCAGAGAUUAGGGCAGCCCCUGGGGUUUGGUCGCAGGCCCCUGAAUGGUGUGCUUGUGCAGGACCCAUGUCCCCCGGCAGAGGGCCCUUACGAAUGAGUCAGAGUGACUUGUGCAUGUUAGCAGCACACUUCAGUGAGUAACACGCUGUAAUAAUAAUAUCUGCAAUUAAAGUUCCUUUAACUCUUUUGUUUA